AUAUUUUUUUCUUCAAAUUCGUUCAUCUUGUUCUUUCUCCCAACUUCCCAAUCGAAGAAAUCAAUUUGAAACCCUAAAUCCCUAAAUUCCUCCACUGCGAUGUCGCUCUCCUACUCCAACUUCUUCCUCGAUGAUAUCUCUAUACAACGAGGAAACCUCCAACAUCUUAUCCGGAGAUUUGCCGGCGGAAAGCUUCUCUGAUGUCGAUUUGUCUCCGCCGUCGGAGGAAGCGUUCGAGCGGCCGAAAUCUACGGGCUUAAUGUACUUGCAGAAAGUAUCCAGGACGAUUCAGAAAUCAUCAGUCGUUAUCUUGUGCUUGUAAGGGAUCCAAUAAUUCCAACAGCCAAUAAGCCUUUUAAGACAAGCAUUGUGUUUACAUUGGAUCAAGGUCUUAGGGUUGAUAAGAUAUAGGCUUAUAUUUGUGACUUGACCCUUUAUUCCAGCUCAAUGGAAGCCUGGUCAUUAUUGCUGAAAACGUUAUAGGCUCGAUGAAGAUUGAUGAGAACAGUGAAUCCAUACUACAUCAUGGGCAAAGGAAUUUCCUAAUCAUGAUGUUGGAAAGCAAAGCUAAUGGAAUUGAAAACUGGUUAUUUCAGUUUGAGACAACUAAAAAUUGCAACCAAUAACUUUGAUCAUCAAAAUAAGAUUGGUGAAGGAGGAUUCGGACCCGUUUACAAGGGGAUAAUGCCAGAUGGUGAUGUGAUUGCUGUUAAACAACUCUCAUCUAAUAUAUAUAUGUCAGUCCUCCUCAAACCGCCACUAAAGAGACCCUUGAAGCUUUUUUUUUCUCAGGCAAGAGAUGCUUAUUAUAGAGGAGAGACUUUGAUAGUUGAUAACAUGUUUGAUAUAGUUAAGUUGAAGCUUAAGUGGUAUGGUUCCAAAUCAGUUGUUAAGUAUCCUCGAUGCAGUAUCGGGAGGAAAUCAACUUAUGUUGAUGUUGAGCCUGUGAAUAAGUUAAUGACCACAUGGACUAAGCAGCAAGGAUAUCCUGUUGUAUCUUUUAAAGUCAAUAAUCAGAAUUUGGAGUUUGCUCAGUCACAAUUCUUGUCGAGUGGUGCUCAAAAGGGAAGGCCAAUGGAUUGUUCCAACAACACUAUGCUUUGGCUCUAUCCACGCCAGUAUCUAUAUUUUCUGUGUAUUUGGCUGUGUCAGACCUUCAUAUAUCAAUCUAACGUUGCAGUGACGCACAAUUUAAAAUUGAUGCAUUGCACCGUGAACAACAUUCCGCUGAUGGGGUUAUUUCAAAUUUAGAUGCACAUCUUUGACUAGUUUGAAACUAAUUUAUAUAUAGGAAGAAGUGUUGGAUAGAGCCAAAAAAGCAAAGGAAAAAGCAGCACGUGAAGCUACAGAGGCACAACCACAGGGUCUUGUUAUUCCUUCCUACUCAUACAUUGGAAAUAAUGUUCUGAUGCUGAUUCUGCUGUUGUGAUUGCAGAUAGUCUUAGGAGAGAGAAGUCCACAAAAGGCUUUUAAAUACACAGGAACUACUUGUUUUAAUACCGGAUCCUUUUCGAUGGAUAGUUCAUUUGUAGCGUACCAUCCUUGCUCUCAGGAAGUUGAAUUGUCAUCCUUGUGAACUGAAUAUGGUUCUUUUUGGUUCUCAUCCUCAAAAUAUCAGCAUGUUGAAUGUGCCUGCUUCAUGUUAUUUUAUUUAUCACAUAUAAAAUCGAUGCAAUGAAUGGAGUGGGGGAUCUGGUAUUGCUGCUUUUUGGGAGGGUUGAAGUCACUGCUAUCUUGUUUUUUUAGUAGGAAUGUACCUAGUCUAGUUGAGGAGGUAGUCUAUCUUUAAUUUAGAUAAUAUUUACAAGGCUAUUCAUGUAACAUAAUAUUCGAAACUGUUAUUUGGAUAGUGCA